GCGUCACGCCAAGAUGUCUUAUUAUGGGUCCGUCUGCCCCGUGCCUUCUGCUUCUGUUGGUGGAUCCUGUGCUCUGGUCCCAGCGUAUGGAUCCAGCUCCCUCUCUGGGAUUGGCCUUGCAACCACCUACUAUGGAGGUGGCCCCAUCACUUGUUCCAGCCAACUCACGGGGUCAGAAGUCAUCAUCCAGCCCCCGGCCUCGGUGGUGUCCUUUCCGGGUCCAGUUCUGUCUGCCACCACUGAUCCAGUCGCAGUGAGCCAAGUGACACCAUGUAGCUACAGCCACCCACUGGGCCUCAUCAGUGGAUCAUCCUACGGGGGGUACGGCCGGCUUGGAUAUUGGGGCUACGGGAACUAUGGAGCCUGGAGAAGAUAUUCCCGCAAAUGCCUGCCAUACUACUGAGGACCCUGCCAAAUGUCGACCCCACAGUGCGGAACCAGCUGGAAAGGAAAACAAGGUCCCCAUCUUGGUCUGUUGUGUCACUCUAGGCCUAUGUGAUGCUUGCUAGGUUCUUCCAGCCCCCAUCUUUUCCAGUUUUCACCAACAGGAGAGAUGAUGUGCUUAGCACCACUGAGCUACUAAAGCUGGAAGGUUUCCCCCCCAUCAUUCUCAAUUUGCUCCCCCUUUACUCAUCAAAUAAUACCCUGUUUCUAAUGUGGUUAGAAAGUCCCUCCUUAAAUGGCUGUGACAAAACCAACAGAACAACACUGUCCAUUUGCCCCCUUAUGU